UUGGAAAACGUCUGGGCAAAAAAAAAAAAAAAAACUGCAUUGAGUUUAAAAAUCGAGGGAGUUAAAAAAAAAAAACCCAGGAGGCUUUCCAAUCGGCUACCGGCCCGCGUUCGUGGAUCUUUUAUUAGUUUUAUUAUUCAACAGAAAAUGAGGCUUUUUGAAGCGCGGUGCUGGAGCUAAACAGGAAACCGGUGGCGCUGCCAGAACUAUACUAAGGAACAGUGAUUGACAGUGAGAGACCCCGCCCCUUCCUCCUAUCCCAGCAACAUGGACAGUGAAGACGAGGCUCGUGCCAAUCCAGCAAUGAACAUCAUUGGAGCUGAAGAUGAGUACUUUGAGAACGACAUCGACCCGUCAGUGGAUGACCAGUGCAGUCACUUCCAGAGCAUCGAGCUGCUGAAGGAGAGACCCACACAUCUGCUGGUGUUCCUGCAGCACGUCAUCCUGCAGUUCGACUGCGCACCCCUGCUCUGUUAUCUCCACGCGGAUCUCUUCAGAAAUCUCAACAGCAAAGAGGCCAAGAAGCACUUUGUUGAUUUCUACCACAACUUCCUCGACAAGGGAGCUGUUUUAAGAGUCCAGAUCCCUCAAAAUGUCUCAUUUGAACUGGAUCGCACUCGUCCUGAGUUGUUCUCGGAGGAGCAGCAGAAGAAGUUUGUGCGAGAGGUUCAGACGCUGCAGGCUCAGGAGCUGCUGGUGCAGCUGGACGACUUCAGGCAGAAGAGGAUGAUGGGAAUGACUCCCUGUGAACUGGAGCUGUCGGAGUUGGAGUCGAUCAGGUCAUGUGACCGCGCCAUGCAGGAGGCCAGAGAGCGCGCCAUUGCCGAGCAGCUACUGGAGAAACUGGGAGAGAUCCAACCCUCGAUCUGCAACGAUGAAGACAAGGGAAAAGUCCAAAGAUUUAACUCGUCGAUGUUCAGCGCUGUGGUUUCCUACAUGAAGCACCUGGGAGUGAAGUGCAAGUCCACAGACAGCAAGAAAUCAAGAGGAUUCUUCCGGAAGAAGAUCCCCGGGAUGAAGAAGUUCGAUGAUCAUUCCAAAGGGAGCAACAAGCGCUUUCCCAGCAUCCUGGCCGACACAGCGCGCUGGAUUGGGGGCAGCAAUGUUGAAAACAGAGCUUGUAAAGUAGAGACUGAAGGUGAAAAGGACAGACCGAACUCCGAGCGCAAGAACUCUGCCGGGCUACCCUUCAAACCGGACAGCAGCCAGAAGGGCGGGGGCAAGCCUGUGGGGGUUGCGGAGACUGGCGAGGUGUCGACUGUGACGAUCAGCAUCACCUCCAGUGGAGACAGCAACCUGGUGGACACAGCUCAGGGAAGUUUUCGCCCUGAUGGUUCAGUAGACCCCUCUGAUCAGGGGUGGAAAGGAGGAGCUGUCUGGGAUCCCCCCACCCCCAACGAGACCCCCCCGGAGGAGGGAGCACUGGAGAGCGAGAGCCCCGAGCCAGGGGGGGUGGGUGAGCCCCCGCAGUCCUUUCUGCUUGCCCAGUCUGAGGAGGCUGAGCCGCGUGUUUCGGAGCUGGACCUCGACCCGCCCAACUGGCGUGAGCAGGCCGACCCCGAGCACCUCCUCGGACUGAAGAAAACAGAGGUCAAGCGGCAGGAGGUCAUCAAUGAGCUCUUCAUCACAGAGCACGCUCACGUUCGCAUGCUCAAUGUCUUGCACACCGUGUUCUACCUGCCGCUGGAGAGAGAGAAGAUCAUGAGCCUGGAUGAGCUGACAGCCAUCUUCCCAGGGCUGGAGGACAUCAUCGAAGUGCACAACUCGUUCUACGAGAGCUUGAAGAAGCUGAGGCAGGAGAGCAAUUACAUUGUGAUGCACAUCGGAGAAACUCUGCUGAGCAGGUUCGAUGGCUCGGAGGGCGAGUGGUUUCAGAAGCUGUCUUCACGGUUCUCCAGUCACCAGUCCUACGCUCUCGACCAGAUCAAAGCCCGGCAGAAGAAGGACUCCAAGUUCAACAGCUUCAUUCUGGAGGCCGAGAGCAAUGCUCAGUGUCGUCGCCUGCAGCUUAAAGACAUCAUCCCCAUCGAGAUGCAGAGACUGACCAAGUACCCUCUGUUGCUGGAGAACAUUGCCAAGUGCACAGAUGAGCCAGAGGAGAAGUCAAAGAUCCAGCAGGCUGCAGAGUGCUGCCGCAAGAUCCUGAAUCGUGUGAACCAGACCGUGAGAGAGAUGGAGAACCUGCUGCGUCUGAAUGAUUACCAGCGACGUCUGGACCUGUCAAGUCUCAAGCAGAGCAAUGACCCACUGCUAGCAGAGUUCAAGAACGUGGACCUGACUCAGAGACACAUGAUCCACGAGGGGGCGCUCACGUGGAGAGUCACAAAGGAGAAGUCAGUCGAUGUGCAGGUCCUGCUGCUCAGUGAUAUCCUGGUCUUGCUGCAGAAGCAGGAUGAUAAGAUGCUUCUGAAGUGCCAGAGUAAGAGUGGCUCGGUGGCGCAGGACGGGAAGCAGGUGCUGAGUCCCAUCAUCAAGCUGAACUCUGUGUUCUGUCGUGAGGUCGCCACGGAUCACAAGGCGUUCUAUGUGAUCUUCACCUGGGAUUCUGGGGCUCAGAUCUAUGAGCUGGUGGCGCAGACCGUGUCAGAGCGCAAGAACUGGGGGGAGCUCAUUAAGAAUACAGUGGAAGAUUUGAAGAGAUCUGGACUGAGCGCCCCUCAAGACAGGAGAGUAUCCAGGACAGCGGUCCUGCCCACCAGCCCCUCAUACAUCAGCCCUCGCUCUCCCCUCAGCCUCUCUGAGAAUGGGAGCUCUGUCAAAGACCCCGAGGGACCCCUACAUCAUUCAGACAAGGAGAAGGACUCUCUCUCUGAGAAGGCGGGGAAUGCAGCUCAUUUGCUGGUGGAGUUUCUCACAGCCAAUGGCAUCGACCCGUACGGCAUGACCCACGCCCCUCAGGAGAAGGUGGCUAAUGAGGCGCUGCAGGAAGUCCUCUCGUUGAAGAGGAUGCUGGUCGGCAGUAUCUGCCUCUCGGAGGAAGUGGCUCUGCCCCCGGGUACCCAGCAUACACCCAGCCCGGAGGAUGAAGGGAGCGAGAAAGGGAGCGAGGGGAGGGGUGAAGAGGAGGAGGCUGCAGAGAAUGGGAGGAGAGAGGAGGAGUGUGGCAGUCAGUCAGCAGGUGGAGCCCCAGCUGACAGUGAGCCAGACGGAGGAGAAGGGGAGGAGUCUGUCAGCACCCCUCUCAUCCUGUCGCACGACCAGGCGCAGGAAGUGAGGCGGCGCGUGACGAGUCUGGAGAGGCAGCUUCAACAGCUCAAGAUUGUCGAGGAGGAGUAUCACAGAUUGCAGGACGGUCUCUCCAAGUUCGCCAUGUCCCAGCACAGCUACUGAGGAGCAAGAAGCAGGGAGAGGUUGAAGUGCGAGAGGCAUGGGUGAUUGAUUAGUAGUGCCUGGACCCACACAUUGAGCUUCCCCAGACCCCUCGCACUCCAUCCGUUUCUCUGUGCUCAACUCUGCUGCCUUGAAUUGAAGUGCUGCCUUGGUGUCUGGUCGCAAAGAGAGAGAGAAGAAAGACAAUGAGAGGAGAGGAAGAAAGCGAACAAGUGAGAGAACGACAGAAAGGAGAGGAAGAAUGAGAAUGGUGUUAAUGAGAAAGGAAAAAGGAGCUGAAGAGAGGGAUUUUGAAGCAAUUAAAAUGAGAAGAUGCAUGUUUGAGUGAUAGGGUGUGAGGGAGUUGUGAGUGUGCAAAUUACAGGCUUGCAUACACUGUGAGCUUGAGCAUUGUGUGUGUGUGUGUGUGAGAGACGGAGGGAGGGAGAUUUCAAAGCCAAAAUUUCACAACAAAGGGGAAAGUUACAACGAAGGGAAAUGAUUUUGUUUUCUGAAAAGAGAACCAAAUUUGAGGCCAAAAAAACUACCUUGCACAUAACCCCUCCCCUUUCCACAAUAACCCCUCCCCAUUCAAUUUCCAGUAUGACCCCACCCCUUCCCGUUAUAGCCCCUCCCUGUUCCAUUCUAAUACUCUCCCCUUCGCAUUAUACCCCCCCCCCCUUCCCGUUCCUAAACUA